AUGCGACGUAGAUGGUUCAUGAUCCCAUUGUUGGUGCAGGGCUGGCUGCUAGCGUCUCCAAUCAGUGAGCGAGCCUGUCCUCAAAGCUGUAGAUGUGAUGGGAAAAUAGUAUACUGUGAGUCCAAUGCCUUCCGGGAUGUGCCAAACAAUGUGUCUGUGGGAUGCCAGGGCCUCUCUCUGCGCUACAACAGUUUAGUGAAUCUCAGAGCUAGUCAGUUCUCAGGCCUCAGUCAGCUUGUUUGGCUUUAUCUCGACCACAACUACAUUAACACAGUGGACAGCCAAGCCUUCCAUGGGGUACGGAGGCUCAAGGAAUUGAUUCUGAGCUCUAACAAGAUCACACAGCUACAAAACAACACUUUCCAUACUGUCCCUAACUUACGCAAUCUUGACCUUUCUUACAACAAGCUGCAGGCCCUCCAGCCCAGUCAAUUUCAGGGCAUGCGGAAGUUGCUUAGUCUCCACUUGCGGUCUAACUCCCUGAAAACUGUCCCAAUGCGUGUUUUUCAGGAUUUGCGCAAUUUGGAGUUCCUCGAUCUAGGCUACAAUCGAUUGCGAAGCCUGACUCGAAAUGCUUUUGCUGGGCUGCUCAAGUUGAUCGAGCUUCAUUUGGAACACAAUCAAUUCUCAAAGAUCAACUUCUCUCACUUUCCCCGCCUCACCAACCUGCGGGCACUCUAUUUGCAAUGGAACCGAAUUAAGUCAAUAAACCAGGGUCUAACCUGGACGUGGACGUCCUUGCAAAAACUGGACCUUUCUGGAAAUGAACUGCAAGUUGUGGAUGCCAGUACGUACCAAUGUCUCCCCAACCUACAGACCCUGAACUUGGACUCCAAUAAGCUUCGCAACAUGUCCCAGGAGACAGUGGAUGCCUGGAUCUCCCUCACCACCAUCAGCCUAGCUGGUAAUGUGUGGUACUGUAGCCCUACCAUCUGCCCCUUAGUGGCCUGGCUGAGGAACUUCAAGGGGAACAAGGAGACCACUAUGAUUUGUGCUGGGCCUAAGGAGGCCCAAGGAGAGAAAGUGAUCGAUGCAGUAGAGACAUUUAGUAUCUGUAAGGUCACUCCCACCACCCCUUUUGUCUCAACCACAGCCUCCCUCAACAUUCCAUCUCAGCCUGAGCUCCUGCCCCUUCCCACGUUAUCUCGGGUUCAAGAGGAGUUGACUCGCAGUGCUACGACCAUUCCGUCUCCUUCAGGGGUCUCCCCUACCACCCCAGAGCAAGACUUUGAGUAUGUGUCUCUCCAUAAGAUUAUUGCUGGCUGUGUGGCACUUUUCCUGUCAGUGGCUAUAAUUCUCCUGGUUAUUUAUGUGUCCUGGAAGCGCUACCCCAACAGCAUUAAGCAGCUCCAGCAGCGCUCCAUGGUCAAAAAGCAGCGAAAGAAUGUGCGGGAAACAGAAAGCACUCUCAGCUCACCUCUGCAAGAGUAUUAUGUGGACUACAAACCUGCAAACUCUGCAACUAUGGAUGUGCUGGUUAAUGGGACUGGACCCUACACAUACACAAUCUCAGGCUCCAGAGAAUGUGAGGUACCACAGCAGUUGAGUGCCCUGACGUUGAACAGGUAUGAGCAGCCCGUAGUGGAUUACUGCCAGGCCCAAGGGGUGCUGCACCUCAACAUGGGCUUUGAGCCCCCCUCCCAGGCACAGGGGUGUCUGAGACCACCGGGCUGCAGUACAGGUCAUACAGCUGGUCUCCCCUCUGCACCCACCACCUUGCUCAUACGCACGGACCCCCAUUCCCUCCAACAGUGACUUGUGACCA